GAUACAGACGAAUACAAUCCGAUUACAGAUCUCAUACGAACCGCUGAUCUUAUUUACGAAUGUUUCCUGACCCCUUCUCAACAAAAACUUCUGGGCGAUGACCAACAAGGUGUGAUGCGUAAUCUGACCAAGCAUCGCAAUCGCCGUAAUGGCCCUGGAUUUGUUGAGGCAGUAGAAGAGUUCAAUAGAGUAAUUCGCGAGUUGCGUUCCUCGGGAGAAUUACGAAAGAACGCAAAAGCCAUGCGACACCCUAAUUAUGACCUCACCUGUCAUAUUUUGUACCAGAUCUACAGUCGAACGGUAGCCCAUCAAGCAGAAGCUUUGAAUAAUUAUGCUGCGUUUUCAAACAAUGUAUAUGGAGAGAUCAACUCGAUUCUAGUCAAGGAAUUCAUUGCAAAAACGCAUAUUACUUCGUCGAGUGUGUUUAUGGAUCUUGGUUGUGGUAUUGGUAAUGUUGUCCUUCAGGUUGCAGCACAGACAGGAUGUGAAGCAUUUGGAAUUGAGAUUAUGGAGACACCUUGCAAGUACGCCAAGAGACAACUCAAAGAAUAUGCUUCCAGGAUGAGAGCAUGGGGUUUACCUACAGGAAAGAUUCGUUUCCGACAUGGCGAUUUCUUGGAAAGUGGAAAUGAUGUUCAUCCGACAUUGAAGCGAGCAGACGUGUUGUUGGUCAAUAACUAUGCAUUCGAUUGGGAGACAAACCAUUCGUUGGCCCAAUUGUUCUUGGACCUUAAAGAGGGCACUAAGAUCAUUUCUCUCAAGUCGUUUGUACCCAAGAACCACAAACUCAACCAACGGACCUUUCAUUUACCAGAAUCUAUCCUCAGAGUCGAAGAAUUCGAGUAUUUUUCGGAUGCUGUCAGUUGGACCAACAAUGGAGGAACUUAUUAUAUUGCGACUGUUGACAGAAGUCGUCUAGAGCCAUUU